GGGUCCAAGGAAAAAGAAACACAAAGCCAUAGUCUACCAAAUCUAUCAAAAUCAGUUUUCAUUGGGCAAAAGAUGGAGCCUAGGAGUGUAACCCAAGUGACUAAUUGCCCACUGAAUAAACUCUGCAAGACGACCAAGAUCUAUAGAUGGAGUUUUACUUCCACUAAAUCCCACUCCGUUUGUCACCUCAGUUCAACUACUUUCGAACGUAAUCUAGAGACCAGAAGAUCAUCACUACCUCCCGAUUUGGGUCAUCACUGGGCGAAAUGUGCAAGAUCUCAUCUAUUAUCUUGGAGUCGACUGGUUGUUUACUUCUUUUAAAUGGUGAACUUGCACACAAAUGGACGAAAUGGACAUACCAACUUUGCAGUAUGUCCCGAGACGGUAGACUCUGCGACAACGAAGAAAAUCUGAACAGUUUAGGAGAAGAUUACGGAUAUCGUUCGGGCGCCUGUCACGUCUGCGAUAAUGAAUACAGAGCAAAGUUGAAUUACGAUACCGCAUUAGCUUUCGCUCAAAGCCAAUACAAUUUUUUAGUGGAUGCUGCAUGGAGAAAGAAGCUCGAGGAAGAGAAAGACGCCAGUUACACUAUAGACACGAUUCCAUUCAUCGACAGACAAAAGCGACUUCGCUACCGCCACUACCGUUCUCGUCGGGUCUACUAGGAAAUUUUACACGGAUGAGCUUAUUGUUGUAUUUUGUUUAGGUGGAUCGAUCCGACCCAGUCUGUGAAGUGUAGGUUGCUACUCAAUUCACCAACUCGGCUCUGGCGUUUUUCUUUCUUUGGAUAGUAGAUGGUCAAUUAUGUAUUUGGUUCAAUGCCUUGUGAGUUUUGAUAUUUAGAGCGGUAUGGCGAUGCUAAAGAUAUAAGUUAGCUAUAGAAGCCCAAACUUUUGUGAUCUGCGUUGUAGCUUAGCAAUAAGAAACAGCCA